UGGAAUGGAAACUGCUUCAUGAAUUCAUUCCGAUCCAUUACCUCGAGUGGAGAUGAGGUAUAAAUGAAGCUCAAAUGCAGAGGCAAACACGGCAAAUUGAGCGUCUCAACUGUCUCUUGUAAAUCUUGGAUGAGCCUUGAAUUGGACCAAAGCACUCGAAAGGCAAUUUCUUGCUUGGGUUUCUAGAUCGUGUUGUAAGUGUGUUCCAUCAGUACUGCACCCGAAGUUUGAGUGUUCGUUGCAAUUCUCAGUGCCUGAGAUCGAUAGCUCAGCAAGUCGUGCAAGAUGCCUGAGAGAUCGGCAGCCUCCAGUUAUGAUGUUGGAGCUCAAAGGUUUCAAAGGUCUGUGCCGAAAAUUGGCGCCGAGCCAGAUCUUGCGGGACCCUGGUCCAUGGUGAAUCAGAGCAACUCCAAACGCAAAGCGGUGUCGGAAAUGUUUAUAUUGCCAGAGCACAUGCGCCCAACAGUGACUCACAACGACUAUACCGACUUGGAAAUUCCUGUGAUCGACGUGUCGGCGUUGUUUGAUCCUCCUCAACAUGACGAGAAAGUCAUGGAGGGCCUCGUAGCACAAGUGAGAGAUGCCUGUUUGCAUUGGGGGUUCUUCCAAAUUGUGAACCACGGCAUCCCCGAGGAGCUUCUCGAGAGGUUUCAUGGCCAGGGGAAGCAGUUCUUCGCCCUCCCAUUUGCGGAGAAGAUGAAAGUGGCCAGGCAGCAGGGGCAGUACACGGGGUAUGGGCAUGCAACUGUGAAGAAGGGCGACGUGCGCCCCUGGUCGGAAGGUUUCUACUUCGCCAAUGAUGGGUCCACAGCUGAAUUCGCCAAAAAACUUUGGCCUGAAGAUACCAACGAUGACUUUCUUAAUUCCUACAGCGAGUACAAUGAAAAGGUGCAGGGGCUUUCCGAGUGUUUGAUGCGCAUCAUCGUGGAUGGCUUGGAUGUCGACCCCGCCUAUUUUGAGACAUUCUCCAAGCAUGCAGGCGGACUCCUACGGUGGAAUUUCUACCCUGCAUGCCCUGAGCCACAGAAGACCCUGGGCCUAAAGCCGCACACGGAUUUCAACCUCUUAACAGUCCUCCAUCAAGGCGAUGUGGGCGGCCUGCAGAUUGAGAAAGACGGCAAGUGGAUCCCUGUCAGACCUCGACCCGGGGCAUUGGCAGUGAACAUCGGCGACACUCUUCAGGUUCUGACAAACGGGAAAUACAAGAGCGUCCCGCACCAAGCAGUCGUGAACGCGACUCAGUCUCGCAUUUCUUCGGCCUACUUCUACGAGGCGCUACCAAGCACAGUGAUUGUCCCCCACCCGGACCUCGUGGACGAGAACAACCCCCUCCAGUAUGAGCCUUUCACCGGCGAGGCUUACAGGGUAUACAAACAGACGCAGUUUCUCAACACACUGGAGCACUUCGUCCGGAAAAAACCAGACGCUGAAUGAGAAUUAUCAGUCGCCAGCACCACGUGUUCUGGAUCAGCUCACACUCUCCUGGCAAUCCGAGAUCUACACGACACACGUCUCCGGUGGUGACGUGGUUGAAUUCAGCCUCCGAUUUUGCAUGCAAGCGGUUGUCGACGGUGGUCGAAGGUCCAUUUGCCCUAAACCCUAAACCUGGUCCAACGAGCGUAGUAAUUUGAACUUGUGCAAUAAUCAACUAGAAAAUCAGCGUGGCUCAGCUGGCACUUAUUAUACUUAAUACUUAGUACUGAGCGAUGACUACUUACAGAAGCAGCGCCGAGUGCGUGAAUACACACAACGAUAGAUCAGAAAUAGAACAGUUAGUAUCUCAACAGUCAGCCUAUACGUGUCGACGGUGCAAUAUUUUCCUUUCUUUUUUCUUAUUUUUUCAGCAGAAGAUAAUCCCAAUCCUCUGGUUCGAUGCAAUGCAAAUACAAAUGCUUAACCAUUACCUCACUUUCGCACCUUUGGCGGACCACAGUUCCUUGGACUUAGCCACAUGUCUCCCCUCAAAUUGCUGCGUUUUGUUUUAAAACUAUCAACGGGUGGCGAAGAUGUUCAAAAAUCUGUAGAUAUAUAACUAUGUAUAUAGAUAUAUAUAUAUAUAUAUACAUUUCAUGCUGAAAUCCGCUUCAACAGGCAAAGUGCCGAAUCUAUUCCUAGCGUGUGAAUCUAUAUAGCUAUCAUCACUAGUUCUAAUGGCUUGAGAAUUCCUUCAGGAAUGAGGUCUGUGAAGUAUCGAUCCAGUGAUAUUGUCCAGUCAUGAUGCAACUGGAGGCGGAAUUCGGACCCAGUUGGACGAAACGUGCUGGUUCGUUGGCUAUUACGACCAGGACCAGACUUCGUUAGACGAAAUAUGCGAGUUCGUUGGCGAUGGGGACUGAGAAGGAUUCGAAUGCAACGAAAACCAUCAAUAAUCAUUAGAAAAAUGCAGUCAAUGUUGAAUUUGUAAGAUAGAGGAAAAAAUACCUGUUUAUUUUAUUUUAUUUAUUGAAAAUUAAAUGCAAGUUUAAAUGAGACGAAGAAACUAAA